AUGACUCAGCAGCCACUUCGAGGAGUGACCAGUCUUCAUUUCAACCAAGACCAGAGCUGUUUUUGCUGUGCCAUGGAGACUGGUGUGCGCAUCUACAAUGUUGAACCAUUAAUGGAGAAGGGACAUCUGGACCAUGAGCAGGUGGGCAGCAUGGGCCUGGUGGAGAUGCUGCACCGCUCCAACCUCCUGGCCCUGGUGGGUGGUGGUAGCAGUCCCAAGUUCUCAGAGAUCUCAGUGCUGAUCUGGGAUGAUGCGCGGGAAGGCAAGGACUCCAAGGAUAAGCUGGUGCUGGAGUUCACCUUCACCAAACCAGUGUUGGCCGUGCGUAUGCGUCAUGACAAGAUUGUGAUUGUGUUGAGGAACCGCAUCUACGUGUACUCCUUCCCUGACAGUCCUCGAAAGCUGUUUGAGUUUGACACCCGGGACAACCCCAAGGGGCUCUGUGACCUCUGCCCCAGCCUGGAGAAACAACUAGUAGUGUUCCCUGGACACAAGUGUGGCAGUCUGCAGCUUGUGGACCUGGCAAGCACAAAGCCUGGCACUUCAUCUGCUCCGUUUACCAUCAAUGCACAUCAAAGUGAUGUGGCCUGUGUGUCCCUGAACCAGCCAGGCACUGUAGUGGCCUCGGCCUCCCAGAAGGGCACGCUUAUUCGCCUUUUUGACACACAGUCCAAGGAAAAACUGGUGGAACUGCGUCGAGGCACUGACCCUGCCACCCUUUACUGCAUUAACUUCAGCCAUGACUCCUCCUUCCUCUGCGCCUCCAGUGAUAAGGGCACUGUCCAUAUCUUUGCUCUCAAGGACACCCGCCUCAACCGCCGCUCAGCGCUGGCUCGUGUGGGCAAGGUGGGGCCUAUGAUUGGACAGUAUGUGGACUCUCAAUGGAGCCUUGCAAGCUUCACCGUGCCCGCUGAGUCUGCUUGCAUCUGUGCCUUCGGUCGUAAUACUUCUAAGAAUGUCAACUCUGUCAUUGCCAUCUGUGUAGAUGGAACCUUCCACAAGUAUGUCUUCACUCCUGAUGGAAACUGCAACAGGGAAGCUUUCGACGUGUACCUUGACAUCUGUGAUGAUGAUGAUUUUUGA